GCACAAUAACGACCUAACCUAGCAUAUUCCAAGAUGGAGUAUUGUAUGGAGGUCAUAACCUUAUGGGAUAACCCUACGGUGUGUGUAAUGCCUGUCUGUACUACGUACUUUCGAACGUACUUUCGAUGGCUCUUACACAUACAUAGCAUCAUGUAGGUAUGCGGUAUGUAAGUAUGUACCGGCGUACAUUCGUACGGCAGUCUCUUGAUUUUCCCUUGAUCGGAUCCCAACAAAAUUUUUCCGUCAUCUUUCUUAGAAAGAAGAAAAGAAAUUCGGAAAUUUGCUGAGUAUUUGUCUAUCUUGACUUGGAUUCUUUUUUUUUCUUCCUGUCGUUAGAUCUAUUAGUUUGUUUACAUCGACUCCUCUAUAGUUCUUCUGAACUUUACCAGUUGCCCGUUUCGGACGUUGCUUUAAUUGAUUUAUGCUUCUUUACGUUGCUUUUUUACUCAAGACUCAAGAUAAAGUAUAACUUUUUUUUAUCCUUUCGAUUGGAGGAUACCCAACUACUCGAAUCUCGGUACGGCCGUGCUUCGUUGGUACUCUCGUACCGAACAUACCCUUUUUUGCCUUUCCCUCUCUUCUUAUUCGUUCCGUAACUUGCCGAUCAGCCGCCCCCUUAGCUCCCCCUGGGCUCCUGGGCUAAUAACGAAAAUACUACAGCGAUCUGGUCCUAGUGUUUGAUCCCCUAUGAAACCCCAACGAAACCCCAGUUCGCCCUUGUCACAGCUUACACGGCUCCGUGUUAGCGGUCGUCCAGCGGCAGCGAAUGGAGGUCUGAGAACGAAGGCAUACGGAACCAGGACCCUUGGUAUUCCUCAUGCUCUUCCUCAUGCUAGAACUAGUGCUGGCACUCAUCCUGACGCCGGCUUGCCGGUAUUGUUAUUAAGAAGCCCCAUCCCGUCUGCACAUGGCCUCAUCGACGACCUCGUAGUUGGGCGGACUUUUAUUAAACAGCACGGCAAUAAUACAAGAAAUUACACGAAUACUCUUCGGGAUAGUAAUCAGCAGACACACCACAUCAUUCACCCACCCGAACCUAGUUCCUUGUAUUCCUUGCAUUCCGGACUUUUCUCUUGCACCACUACUGGUAGUGAUAUCCCAAAAGGGGAACCAUCGUCUUUGCCCACUGCUCCAUACCCGUCCACAUUGUCUUCAGCCAGUUCUAGUUCAGAUAGCGUCAGCUGGAUCGGACAGUCCCCUAUUAGCCCUGCACUUCCGUCUUACCCCAUCAGCUCAACAUCCAACCGUUGUCUUUUAAUACUGGCACGCCACCCGUCACCGCGACGUCCAAUGGCGUUUAAUACUUACAGCACCGCCAGUUCAGAUAUAUCAACGCCUCGCUCGUCUUCUCCUUCUUCCUUCUCUAUCGCGUCUGCGCGUUCAUCUCAUACUUCCGUCUCAAGUAAACGCCUGUCCUUAUCCCUGCAACGGAGGCAAUCUGCGCUUAACCCAAUGUCCUCGGUCGAUAUCUCUGCAAUUGAAGAACAGAUGAAAAUGGCUGCACUAGACGGCCUUCGAGGUUACGCACAGAACCACUACGGCGAGGUCCAACAGUACCGAAGCACAGAUUACAUCCCGCAGUCCGCCGCUGGUGGUUACCAAAUAUUACGGGAGCCUCUGUGGAACAAAGGACUCUCUUUUACCCCAGAUGAGCGUGUCUCUAAGAACCUCACAGGUCUAAUGCCGCAUGCCAUGGAAAACGUUGAGACUCAGGUCGCCAGGUGCAUGAAGGUCAUCAACUCCAGGCAGACCAACGUUGACAAGUACCUGUACCUGUCGCAUCUCAAGACUCAGAACUUGGAUCUGUUCUAUAGAGUACUUAUCGACAAUGUCCGUGACCUAAUGCCGCUGGUCUACACUCCUACUAUCGGUGAUGUGUGCUUGCAGUACUCUACGCUUUACACUCAUCCGGAGGCGUUGUACAUAUCGAUCAAGCAGCGCCGGUCAAUCAGGACAAUCCUGCGUAACUGGCCUUAUCCGGACCCCGAAAUCUGCGUGGUAACGGAUGGAUCCCGUAUUUUGGGGUUGGGCGAUCUCGGUAUGAAUGGUGUGGGGAUUUCCAUCGGCAAGCUGGCUUUGUACACCGGUGCCGCCGGUAUCCACCCCGGGAAGACCCUACCAAUCGUGCUGGACUCCGGUACCAACAAUGAGGCUAACCUCAAGGACCCCUUCUACCUGGGUCUCCGGGCUAGACGCCCUUCGCCGGCUGUUGCCCAGGAGUUCAUGGAUGAAUUCAUGGAGGCUGCCGCCGAGGUCUUCCCCAACAUGCUCGUCCAGUUUGAAGACUUCGAGACCGAGAAGGCCUUCAACUACUUGGCUCGUUACCGUAACAAGUACAAGUGCUUCAACGACGACAUCCAGGGAACCGGUGCCGUCGUGUUGGCUGGCUAUAUUGGCGCUGUGAACCUAUCCGGUGUUCCCAUUGAGGAGCAGCGUCUAGUAUUCAUGGGUGCCGGCUCAGCCGGUGUUGGUGUCGCAAAGCAGAUGGUCGAGUACUACACCCGUCGCGGCCUCUCAGAACAAGCUGCGAAAGAGAAGUUCUGGCUUGUCGACACCAAGGGCCUAGUUACCACGGACCGAGGUGACAAGUUGGCGGAUCACAAGAAGUACUUCGCCCGGUCGGAUAACAACGGCCACCAAUUCCGCACGCUCGAGGAAGUGAUCGAGUAUGUGAGGCCGUCUGCCCUCGUUGGCCUUACGGCAACUUUCGGUGUCUUCACUGAAUCUGUCGUUCGUGCCCUCAAGGCUUCGGUCGACUCUGGUGGCUCUGGAAGACGACCCAUCCUUUUCCCUCUCAGCAACCCUCUCACCAAGGCUGAAUGCACAUUCGAGCAAGCAGUCCAAUGGACAGAUGGUACCGUCAUCUUCGCAUCCGGUUCUCCGUUUGCGCCGUUCGCCGUCAAGGCUGGCGAUCACGCUGUGACGUACUGGCCGAACCAGGGUAACAACGUUUACGUGUUCCCUGGUCUAGGUCUCGGUGCUAUCCUCGCCAAGGCGUCAAAGAUCACCGACGAGAUGGUCUACAUCUCAGCUUCCUCGUUAUCCGAGUCCUUAAAUGCCGAAGAGGUUCACAAGGGUUUGAUCUACCCCCACAUCGAGCGUGUCAGGGAUGCCAGCGUCGUCGUCGCCCGGGAGGUGAUGAAGGCUGCCCGCAGAGAAGGCGUCAGCACUCUACCCGAAGAACAGUGGGUUGAAUGGGAAGAAUGGGGCGACGUCGCCCUGACGAAGUACAUCAAGGAGAGGAUCUACGAUCCCCUCAAGUAAGAACGUGGCUUCGCAUGACGAAGUAUGCAUAAGAUAAGAUUCAUGGUCGGCGUUAUUGGUAUUAUUUUUUUCCCGUAUUUGGGUCUGGCAUAAUGAUUAUUACGCUUCGCUUCUGACGAAGGCACUUUCGGGGAUAUCCUUGGGGGUCUCAGCUACUUACAUGGGCACUAUGUCGAGGGAUUUUCCGAGUCCGUGGAUAGAGCAUGGAACUUGUUAAAAAGGGAAGGGAAUAAACAAGACCGCGAUCUAGACUCAACGAUAUAAGGGUCGAAUAGAUGGACUAUAUAGAUCAAAAUAACACUUUCAUUCACGUAA